AUGGAUCCGAACAGUCCCAUGUUCCAAAACACCCCUCAACAACCAAUGAGUUUGCAAAGAUCCGUGGACGACAGGAUUGAUAGAGAGCGGACGGCAAAGAAAGAAAAGGAUGAUGAGAAGAAAAAACAAGAAGAUGAGAAAAUCUUGCAACUCGAGAAAAAGUUGGAAGAGUUUCAGGAGAACGCAAGAUUCAUCGGAGACCUUGCUUCAAAUUUUCAGACCAAAUAUCAAGACGCGCUAAACGGAAGAAUAUAUACUCUUAUCAGAGGACUUCAAGACUUGGAUAGAAUGAAAGGAACAUUCAGUGACAAAAAUGUCCCAUUAGACAUUUUACCAUACCUCGACGAUGGGAAAAAUCCAUUAUUGUAUUCCAAACAUUGUAUGGAGAAAACAUUGGAGAAGAACAAGGCGGUCAACGGAAAGAUUGAAAUGUACAAAAAGUUUCGUGCCCAUCUCAUAAAAGAGUUCAGUGAAGAAAUGCCAGAUUUCGUUAUUGAGUACAGAAAGGAGAGAGGACAGUAG